UCCCUCUGUCAGCGGGAUCAUGAAGCCCGGUCUGAACGCCAUCAUGGGAGCAACAGGAAGCGGGAAGUCAUCGUUUCUGGACGUUUUGGCGGCGAGGAAGGAUCCUGCAGGCCUGUGGGGAGAAGUCCUAAUCGACGGAGCUCCUCAGCCUCCCAACUUUAAGUGUCUGUCUGGAUACGUGGUGCAGGACGACGUGGUGAUGGGGACUCUGACCGUCAGAGAGAACUUCAGCUUCUCUGCAGCGCUCAGACUCCCGGAGUCCGUCUCUCAGGAGGAGAAGGAGAAGAAGGUCAACAGACUGAUCAAGGAGCUCGGACUGGGCAGGGUGGCCGACUCCAGGGUGGGCACUCAGCUGAUUCGUGGGAUCUCCGGCGGAGAGAGGAAGAGGACGAACAUUGGCAUGGAGCUGAUCAUCGACCCGUCCGUCCUCUUCCUGGACGAGCCGACGACGGGGCUCGACGCCAGCACCGCUAACUCUGUGCUGCUGCUGCUCAAGAGGAUGGCGAAUAACGGUCGCACCAUCAUCCUGUCCAUCCACCAGCCUCGUUACUCCAUCUACCGCCUGUUCGACAGCCUCACGCUGCUCGUCAACGGAAAACAGGUGUACCACGCUCCGGCUCAGAUGGCGCUGGAUUAUUUCUCAGAAAUCGGAUACACCUGUGAGCCCCACAACAACCCCGCUGACUUCUUCCUGGACAUCAUUAACGGAGACUCCACGGCCGGCAGUCCGAGCAGUGAGGACAAAGAAGAUCCAGACCUAGACUCCAUGUCCAAGUCCAGACAAGGCAUAGAGGACAAACUGGAAGAGGAAUACAGAAACAGCCAGUACUACAAACAGACCAAAGCAGAGAUGGAAAAGAUCGUUCAGGGCAGACCGACGACCACCAGAGCCCCCUCCAGAACCAUCACCUACAACACCAGCUUCCUGACGCAGUUCAAAUGGGUUCUCAAGAGAACGUUCAGGAACCUCAUGCUCAACCCUCAGACGUCUGUCGCUCAGAUUGCAGUGACUCUGUUCCUCGCUCUGGUUGUUGGAGCCAUCUUCUUCAACGUGGACGACUCUCAGAGUGGGAUGCAGAACAGGUUUGGCGCCCUCUUCUUCAUCGUUGUGAAUCAGUGUUUCAGCUCGCUGUCGUCUGCUGAGCUCUUCAUCACGGAGCGGAAACUCUUCAUUCAUGAGUACAUCAGCGGUUACUACAGGCUCUCUGUCUACUUCCUGACUAAGAUCCUCUCUGACAUCAUCACGCUGAGGACCAUCCCCGCCAUCGUCUUCUCCUGCGUGGCGUACUUCAUGAUCGGUUUUAAGCCCACAGCCGCUGCCUUCUUCCUCUUCAUGUUCUCCGUGAUCCUGGUGUCCUACACCGCCACCUCCAUGGCUCUGGCCAUCUCAGCCGACCAGACGGUGGUGGCCAUCGCCAACAUCUUCAUGACCAUCGCCUGCGUCUUCAUGAUGAUUUUUGCUGGUUUGCUCGUGAACCUUCCUUCCAUCGCCAACUGGCUUGCUUGGUUGAAGUACUUAAGUAUACCUCGAUAUGGACUUGCUGCUCUGCAGAUUAACGAGUUUACAGGACUGACGUUCUGCAAAGAUUUAAACGACAGCCAAAUUCCACCUGGACUCGCGUGUACGGGGGAGGAGUUUCUGUAUCAGCAGGGCGUCGAUUACUCCACCUGGGGCUUCUGGCAGAAUCACAUGGCUCUGAUCAUCAUGACCACAUGCUUCCUCGCCAUCACUUACCUCAAACUGCGCUUCAUCAGGAAGUUCACCUAGACCUUCAUCAGCAUCACCAUCUUAAAACCAGCAUCCUCAUCUCUGUUGUUUGAAUGUUAAAGAUGCAGACUCACGACUCAACGCUUUUUGAAGUUCAGUGUUUGUACAUUUGACUAAUAUUGUUCUUGCUAAUCGUUCGUUCACGUUCCUUGAUUUACAUUUGAAGUAUUUAAUGGAUAACUCCAGGUUCUCUUAUACUAAAAUAAAUAUGUAAAGUAUACUUUUAUUUGUUCAUGUGACAGUUGUUAAUUCUGUAUGCACUCCUUACUCACACCAAACUCUUUCAGUGUAAUAAAUACUAAAACAUGUGAUUUUUGCACUUUAAAGCUAAGAGCCAAAGAAGUAAUUAUUUUUCACAGAAAUAGAAGAACUUUAUAUUUUUGAGUUUUUAAAAAUAAAAUGUUAAAUUUCAA